AUCUUAUUACUCAACAUCCAACAUGCCAGCUCCUGUAUCAGCACCUCGCACUUUGUACGACAAGAUCUGGGAUGACCACGUAGUACAAGCCCAGGAUGACGGACUUACACUGUUGUACAUCGAUCGUCACCUUGUCCACGAAGUUACGAGCCCGCAAGCAUUCGAGGGUCUGCGGUUAGCAGGUAGACCGGUACGGCGCCCGGAUUGCACUCUGGCGACAGUGGAUCACAAUGUGCCGACGGUCUCACGCAAAAACUUCGAAUCCGUUAAAUCAUUUAUUUCGGAACCCGAGUCUCGAGCGCAAUGCCUAGCAUUGGAGGAGAACGUCAGGGAUUUCGGCUUGACGUAUUUCGGUAUGACCGAUCGUCGACAAGGCAUUGUCCAUAUUAUUGGACCAGAGCAGGGUUUCACUCUUCCUGGUAUCACGAUGGUAUGCGGUGAUUCACACACCUCCACACAUGGAGCUUUUGGCGCUCUCGCCUUUGGAAUAGGCACGUCUGAGGUUGAGCACGUCCUGGCGACGCAGACAUUGCUCCAGAAGAAGGGCAAGAAUAUGCGAAUCACCGUGGACGGCACCCUCGCCGAGGGGGUCACGUCCAAGGACGUGAUUUUGCAUAUCAUCGGCGUCAUUGGCACCGCCGGUGGUACCGGCUGUGUCAUUGAAUUUGCCGGCUCUGUCUUCCGUGGUUUCAGCAUGGAGGCUCGAAUGAGCGUCUGCAAUAUGAGCAUUGAGGCGGGGGCCCGGGCAGGAAUGGUUGCACCCGACGAGAUUACGUUCGAAUACCUGCGCAAUCGGCCUCUGGCACCCAAGGGCGAUGUAUGGGAUAGGGCCGUGGCGUACUGGCGGACCUUGAAGACAGAUGAGGGUGCUCACUUCGACAUCGAGGUCAAGAUCGCUGCGGAAGACAUCGUGCCCACGGUAACAUGGGGUACAUCGCCCCAGGACGUUGUCCCAAUCACGGGCAAAGUUCCUGACCCUGCAACCAUGUCCGACCCUACGAAACGCGCAUCCGCCGAACGCUCUCUCAAAUAUAUGGGCCUCACUCCAGGCACGCCCAUGGAAGAAGUCAAGGUUGACAAGGUCUUCAUUGGCUCCUGUACCAAUAGUCGUAUCGAGGACCUACGGUCCGCCGCGAAGAUCGUGCUCGCUGCUGGCCCCGAUGCCAAGGUCGCUCCAGGUGUGCACGCCAUGAUUGUCCCGGGAUCCGGUAUCAUCAAGCAGCAUGCUGAGGCGGAGGGUCUGGAUGUUAUCUUCAAGCGUGCUGGAUUCGACUGGCGCGAGGCUGGUUGCUCCAUGUGCCUUGGUAUGAAUCCCGAUCAGCUGGAACCUGGCGAGCGUUGCGCCAGUACCAGUAAUCGUAACUUCGAGGGUCGCCAAGGCGCAGGAGGGCGGACCCACUUGGUCAGCCCUGCGAUGGCUGCAGCUGCCGCCAUCACCGGUAAGCUGACGGACGUGCGCAAGUUCAUGGGACCUUCGACAAAGUCGGCGGAACCGAAACUGAAGUUAGCAAGUCCUUUCGAUUUCUUAACGGACCCCAUCGUUCCCCCCACCAAGGAGGAUAAGCCCUUCCACAGAGGAGGGUCGGAAUUACCACCUGCUGAGGCUCCUUCGAGCGUCGCCAAGUUCGUCAUCGUGAAGGGUAUCGCGGCGCCGUUGCACAUCGAAAACGUCGAUACCGAUAUGAUUAUCCCCAAGCAAUUCUUGAAGACGCUGAAGCGGACUGGCUUGGCUGAAGCACUGUUCUAUACUCUGCGAAAAGAUCCAGCCACGGGGAAGGACACAGACUUCAUCCUGAACCGAAAGCCUUACGACCAGUCGAAAAUACUGGUUUGUACAGGCGAGAACUUCGGGUGCGGCAGCUCGCGAGAGCACGCGGCAUGGAGUCUGAACGACUUUGGGAUCCGGUGUAUAAUUGCACCCAGCUUCGCUGACAUCUUCCGAAAUAACACGAUGCAGAACGGGAUGCUUCCAAUCGCUCUACCGGUAGAGGACUGCCGGGCUUUGGCAGAAGACGCCGAGAAGGGCCUGGAGUUAGAGGUGGACCUAGAGAAACAGGAGAUCAGGCGAGCUAAUAACCAGCCGCCGAUUAAGUUCAAUGUCGACCCUUUCCGGAGGCAUUGCCUGCUCAAUGGAUUGGACGACAUUGCAUUGACCCUGCAAAAGGCUGACGCGAUCGAGACGUUCGAAGAAAGGCGGAGUCGAGUGUGGCCAUGGCUCGACGGGCUGGGAUACAAGGGAAAAAUCCCGAUUGCCUCAACGACAAAGAUGGAAUGGUGAUGACUUGCGGUUCGACGAUUCUUGUGUACAUUACGGUUGCAAUGCUUGUGUUGUGUAGGUUAGACAUGUAUGCAUAGUCUCUCGCUGUCAGUCCUCGAGUGGCUUUCGAAGAAGUGCUGUGUACGUACGAAUUGUGGAC